GUAGCUUCCCGGGCUCUCCAGGAGGGAUGGAGGAAUCGAACCUGGGUCGGCUGUACACGCAAGGCAGACGCCCUACUCUCUAUGCUAUCACUUCAGCAAUUAAACAUGGUGAGAUCGUUAACAUAAAUCUGGUACGGAAUAAGAAGACUGGGAAAUCCAAGGGAUUCUGUUUACUUUGCUAUGAAGACCACCGGAGGACAAUUCUGGCUGUUGACAAUUUUAAUGGCUUCAAGUUCAAAGGACGAACUCCUCCAGUGGAUCAUGUGUCUAACUAUAGGGCUCCUAUGGACUCAGAUGAAUUGGAUACUGUGUCCAGACUGCUUCAGAAGACGGGCUGUGGGGAUUACACACCUACAAAAAGUUCAUCUAAGGACUCUGAAGAUGACAAACCAACAAAAAAACACAUAAAAGCCUUUGACUAUCCAGUGGUUUGUGAUGUGCCCUCCUAG